AUGAAUCGUUUACCAACACUUGAUCCUCAUGUUCUCACCAUUGCAGAUCUCAAGGAGGCAGCAUGUCGCGACAUGCCGGCGAUGUAUAGAGACUAUUAUAACGAAGGUGCCAUGGACUUGAUCACGUACGUUAUCCUCGAGACGUGGAGAGUAUCUCGCUCAUUUGCGUACAAACAGCNNCUCAAGGACAACGAAGCAGCCUUCAAUCGCUACAAAAUUCGACCUCGGGUCAUGAUCAAUGUAUCGAAGAUUGAUCUCGAGACUGACAUGUUCGGUACAAAGCACCUUUCGGGUUCAGCCCAGCAGCCAUGCAUGGACUUGCUCACCCAGAUGGCGAACUUGCAACCUCGCGCGCUGCAGCAAAAGCAAACAUCUGCAUGGGUCUAUCAGUCUGCCGGGUACAGAGCCAUAUUUCUCUCGGUAGAUGUACCGGUACUAGGACAAAGAUUGAAUGAGCAUAAGAAUAAAUUUGAGCUACCUGAAGGACUUCAAUGGCCGAACCUAACUGCUGUGGGCGAAGGCCUCGAAUAUGGCGUUGCUUCUCCAGAAGAUGUCGCAUUGGCGAUACAGCACAAGGUCGAUGGUAUCAUGAUCUCCAACCAUGGUGGUCGUCAGCUUGAUGGUGUCCCUGCAACGCUCGAUAGCCUUCGAGAUUGUGCUUCGGUUGCCAAAGGCAAGAUUCCGAUUGCAUUUGAUGGUGGUGUGAGAAGGGGUAGUGAUAUUUUCAAAGCAUUGGCAUUAGGUGCUGAUUUUGUGUUCAUGGGGAGAGUGCCGAUAUGGGGACUUGCGCAAGGUGUUGAACUUGCGGUCAAGAUCUUGAUGGCCGAGUUGAGAAUGACCAUGGCAUUGGCUGGAUGUCGCACUGUCAAGGAGAUCAACCGAGGCCAUCUUGCGGUACUGAAGGGCGAUGGAGUGCUGUGUAAGUUGUAG